AUGAGUCCAUCGGGCGUGAAGAACACCCUAAAUGGCUUCAAGGCAUGGCUAAAUCUCGUAAAUGUCAUAAUAUGGUAUAGCAGCAUUCUACUUCUCGCAAAGUUGGCUAAAUCCACGAUGGCAACAGACUACGUAUUCGAGGGAUGGCUUGGUAGUUCCCCGGAGGAUGUUAAUGGAGGGAUGAAAUGGGGCACAUUUGAGCCUAAGAAGUGGCAGGAAGACGAUAUUGAUAUUCAGAUUUCGCACUGUGGUGUUUGCGGAUCAGACCUUCAUGUGCUUCGUUCAGGCUGGGGCAAUACGCCAUAUCCCUGCUGCGUUGGCCAUGAAAUCGUGGGCAAGGCUGUCCGUGUGGGUAGGAAUAUAAAGCAUGUCAAGGCCGGAGACCGCGUGGGCGUCGGCCCACAGGCCCUGAGCUGUCUGCAGCCUGACUGUUACGAGUGCUCCAGUGGGCAUGAGAACUACUGCAAGAGACUCGUGGUUCACACGUACGGCUCGGUCUAUCCAGACGACGUAGGGAAGUCUUAUGGUGGCUACGCCAAUUACAACAGGACCAAUGGCAGGUUUGUAGUCAAGAUCCCAGAAGAACUGCCUUCAGAAAUUGCAGCACCACUGCUGUGCGCUGGUCUUACAGUUUACACACCACUGCGCGACAAUGAAUGCGGUCCAGGCAAGAGUGUUGGAAUUGUUGGUGUUGGGGGCCUUGGUCAUUUUGCUAUCUUGUUUGCCAAGGCCCUCGGCGCAGACAAGGUUGUCGGAAUCUCGAGGAAGGCUUCCAAGAAAUCUGAUGCCCUUGCUCUUGGCGCGGACCAGUAUAUAGCAACCGAAGAUGACACGCAGUGGCAUCUGAAGAAUGCAGCCUCACUCAUCUAA